AUGAUAAAUCUUAUAUUCGUAGAUCGAAAUGGUAAAAUUUUUACGUAUAUUCUUGAAUAUUUCCGUACAAAUACGGUACCAGACAAUGUGAUGAAAGAUGGAACACUCAGUAAAAGUCUGUUCAUCGAAGCUCAUUACUUCGGCUUGAAAAAUCUCACAGAUCAAUUCAUGGAUAUAUGUUUUUCUGAUGGAACAUUACCCAAGUUGACACAUAAGAGAAAAUUGAAUGAAUUUCAUGGUAAAGUUAAUCAACGAUGGGAUUUGAUUUAUAAAGCAACGCGUGAUGGAUUUGAUGCGAGUGCAUUUCAUUCACGUUGUAAUAAUAAAGGACCUACCAUGACGAUUAUUCAAUCGAAUAAUAACUGUCUUUUUGGUGGUUAUACAACUAUCCCAUGGAGUUCAGAUAAUUCAUAUAGCAGUGACGAUACAACAUUCUUAUUCACCCUGGUCAAUCCACACAGUAUUCCACCGACUAAGUACACCAUCGACGAUAGUAAGACAGGGCAUGCAGUAUAG